AUGGCAUCUCAAGACCACCAUGGUAUCAAAAAGGUAAUAGUAAUAGGUACAGGCCCAACAGGCCUCCUCCUCUCCCUCCUCCUCGCCCGCCACUCCAUCCCCGUCCUCCUCCUCGACAAAUCCACCUCCCUCGACACCCAGCCCCGCGCAACCCACUACGCCGCCCCCGCCAACCGCGUCCUCUCCCGCGCGAACCUCCUCGCCCGCGUCAGGCAGCACGGCAUCGAAGUAGGCGGCGCCCGCUGGCGCAAACCAGACGGCACCGUCCUCGCCAAGAUCGAGAACAGCAGGCUCGGCGCGGAGAACCCGGACCGGAUCUCGUGUCUGCCGUUGAACGCGCUGUGUAAGAUUGCGCUGGAAGAUCUCGAAAAGGAGCCGGCGGCGGAGGUGAGGUGGGGGUGUGAGGUUGAGGGGAUUCGGGAGGAGGAGAGCCGGGGGAAGGCGGUGGUUGUUGUGAAGACGGAGGAGGGGGCCGAGGAGCUGGAGGCUGAUUAUGUUGUUGGAUGUGAUGGUGCGAAUAGCAUUAUCCGGAGACAGCUGUUUGGGGACGAGUUUCCUGGGUAUACGUGGGACUUGCAAAUUGUCGCCACAAACGUGAGUAGAAACUCCAUUUCCUUCCUGAUAGAGAGGCCAGCAGCAGAAAGGCAAACAGCCCCAGAAGCGAAUAGGAUGCUAAACACACAGAAACAAAAGGUCUACUACGACUUUGAAAAGUACGGCUGGAAAGACUCCAACUUUGUCAUCCACCCAACAGACUACUUCAUGGCCGCCAAGAUCCAAGACGACGGCCUCUGGCGCGUCAGCUACGGCGAGGUUCCCGGCCUCAGCCACGACGAGUACCGUGCCCGCCAGCCCGCGAAAUACGAAACCAUGCUGCCCGGGAACCCAAAGGCCAACGACUACCGAAUCGUCAACUUUAGCCCCUACAAGGUACACCAGCGUCUCGCGCCGCGGAUGCGCGCGGGGAGGUUCAUCUUGGCUGGGGAUGCUGCGCACUUGUGUAACCCGUUGGGGAAGACGAAAAAAGAGAGAAAGGAAAAUCCUGCCUGGCACCCAUCUAACCUCUCGGCCCUCGGCCUCCACAGCGGCGGCAUGGGCCUCACGGGUGGCAUCGUCGACGUAGGCGACCUCUUCGACUGUCUAGCUGGCAUCCACGACGGCCGAGCCGACGAUGACAUACUCGACAAGUACGACCGCUACCGACGAGAAAAGUUCAACCAGUUCACGAACCCGGUCUCCGAGGCGAACCUCAAGAGGAUGGCCUCGGACCCGGACGAGGUCGAGACCAACGACCCAGGGAUUGUCGCCAUGCGUGAGGCGGACAAGACUGACGAGGCUGCCGUCACGUUCCAACUGGGUAUACUGGGGCUUGCCCAUGAUAUGACGCAUACAUAUGCAUUGGUCGUUACAGAUAACUACUUGGUUGCUAUUGCCAGUGCCCAUUGUUCCGGGACCCAAUUCAACGCCUACAUAUAUGAUAUGCUGUGUCAACCAUCAUCUGGAGAGUCACCAGUGCAUCCACCCGUCCACAGAGUAACCGUCGUCUCGAAGACGGAAAUAAGAGCCUUCGAGACGAAGCCUGAGCGUCUGACCAAGUAG